AUGGAGAAGUCGGAGUACGGUACCGCCGACAAGGCCGUCCAGGAAAACUCCUCUUUGGAGCAGGCCCAGCAGUCCUCCGUCACCUCGAACGAAUCUGUCCAUGAGAAGAAGCCGUGGUGGCACCCCGUCAUCGAGCCAGGCUCUGCCGUUCAGAUCAUCAUCGCCGCCGCCAUCGCUGUUGCCAUCGGUCUGGGUGUCAAGAGCGUCCACCCAGAUAUCCCUGAUGCGGCGACGACCAUCCUCAUUAUCCCCGGCAACCUCUGGCUGCGGUCCCUCAAGGCUGUCGUCCUGCCCCUCAUCGUGACGGCCAUGAUUCUUGCUGUUCAGAAGCUCAAGGAAAUCUCCAACGGCGGCGCCAAGCUUGCCAAAUGGACCAUUGGAUACUACGUCAUUACCACCAUCCUGGCCAUCGUUCACUCCAUCAUCAUGACAUCCCAAGUCUGGGCCCGCCUCAUGACUGUCGCCUCGGCCGAGUCCAUCGCCACGGAUAGCAUGUCCGCUAAGGACCAAGAGUCGUACGAGUCGCGCAAGGACCAAGACAUCCCAGCCACCGUCACCGAGCUAUUCAACUCCCUGAUCCCAGCCAAUGUUGUCGAUGCCCUCGCCUCGGACCAUCUCCUCGCCGUCCUCGUCACUGCCGUCAUCGUCGGCUACCUCAUUGACGAUCGCGGUGGUCGCUCGGCUAUCAUCAAGGCAGCCCGUGAGAUAGAGACCCUCAUCAUGAUUGUCAUUACCUUCCUCAUCAAGCUUGCCCCUAUCGGUGUCUUCUUCCUCAUCCUGCCCAACAUGUUCAAGCUUGACAUCAACGAUAUUGGUGUCAACCUAGGUAUCCUGAUGGGUGGAGCCAUCAGCUCAAUGUUCUUGCACCUCUUCGUCAUCCUCCCCAUCAUCUUCUUCGCCUUCACGCGCCAGAACCCUUACACGUUGUGGUUCAGCUGCUCUCCUGCUUGGUUGACGGCUUGGGGUACCGCUUCCUCGGCCGCUACUCUUUCCGUCACCAUGCGCUGCUGCCGUGAAAAGCUCAAGAUUCCUGAGACCGUCAACAAGUUCGCCAUCCCACUGGGUUGUCUCGUGAACAUGGACGGAACCGCCAUUUACUUCCCCAUCGUUGUCGUGUUCCUCGCCCAAACGCAGGGUCACGUACUCAACGCUGCGGACUACAUCAUCAUCCUGUUGCUGUCGACCCUGGCUUCCAUCGGAACUACGCCCAUUCCCAGUUCUUCUCUGGUCUUGACCGUAAUGAUCUCGUCGAGCGUCGGCAUCCCGCCCAGUGGAAUGUAUGGUGUCGUCGUCGCCAUUGAUUGGUUUAUUGACCGAUUCCGUACCGCCACCAACGUCAGCGGUGAUCUUUUCGCAGCUGUUAUCGUUACCAAAAUGACUGGCAUUACCGACCCGGAUGAUGGCUCGGAGGAAAUUGUUCGGGAAUACAGCCAGAACCAGAAUGAUGAGCGUGUCUGA